CUCUGAAGUUUGUGAAUUUGCAUUGUUGUCAAGGAGAUGUAUUAAAGCCAGUGGCACUGACAAUUUGUUUAUUUCACCGACAACAAUUGACAAAGUGACCAACUCAGAAAUCGCUAACAACAACUCUACCAAGCCAGUAGGAUGGCUUUUCAAAAUGACUGGUGCUUGGGUUGUGGAUUACAACUUUUCUGGAUCUUUUUAA